AUGGAGAAGAACGAAGUGUCCAGAGUUAAUAGUUUACGUGAAAUAACUAGAGCUGAGAGCCUACGCACCAAUGGUUCUAAAGUCUGGAGGAGUAAUAGCAUGGAACUGUUCUCAACCUCUGCUCGUGAAGAUGAUGAAGAAGCUCUUAAGUGGGCAGCAAUAGAGAGACUUCCUACGUACCUGCGCAUAAGGAGAAGCAUACUCACUAAUGAUGAAGGUAACGCUAAAGAAAUCGAUAUCAAGAAGCUGGGAUUAACGGAGAGAAAGAUUCUGUUGGAUAGACUCUUGAAAUUAGCGGAAGAAGAUAAUGAACAGUUUUUGUUGAAACUUAAGAAGCGCAUGGACCGAGUUGGACUUGAGAUUCCAACAAUUGAAGUUCGAUUUGAGCAUAUAAAUGUGGAGGCAGACGUCUACGUUGGAAGCAGAGCGUUGCCCACAAUGUUCAACUUCUUUGUGAAUGUCUUAGAGGAAUUCCUAAAUUAUCUCCACAUCAUUCCGAGUCCAAAGAAACCACUGCGUAUUCUUCAGAAUGUUAGCGGAAUCAUCAAGCCUCAAAGAAUGACAUUGCUUUUAGGGCCCCCCGGCUCUGGAAAGACUACUUUGCUAUUGGCCCUGGCUGGAAAACUCAGUAAGGAUUUAAAAUAUUCUGGGAGAGUGACAUAUAACGGUCACGGGCUGGAGGAGUUUGUACCACAGAGGACAUCAGCUUAUAUCAGCCAAGAUGAUAUCCAUAUUGGAGAAAUGACUGUGAGAGAAACACUUUCUUUCUCUGCCAGAUGUCAAGGGGUUGGACAGAACUAUGAGAUGCUAGCAGAGCUCCUUAGAAGAGAGAAGGAAGCAAAGAUCAAACCUGACCCUGAUAUCGAUGCCUACAUGAAGGCGGCAGCAUUAGAAGGGCAGGAAACAAGUGUGGUCACUGAUUACAUUCUGAAGAUUUUGGGACUUGAAUUAUGUGCUGAUAUUAUGGUAGGAGAUGGAAUGAUAAGAGGUAUCUCAGGUGGACAGAAAAAGCGAGUUACAACAGGGGAGAUGCUGGUAGGACCUGUAAGAGUGUUAUUCAUGGAUGAGAUAUCAACUGGUUUGGACAGCUCAACAACUUUUCAAAUUAUCAACUCAAUCCGGCAAUCAAUCCACAUUCUCAAUGGAACCGCACUUGUUUCUCUCCUACAGCCAGCACCAGAGACUUAUGAGCUAUUUGACGAUAUAAUACUUCUCACGGAUGGGCAAAUUGUGUACCAUGGUCCCAGAGAGAAAGUACUUGACUUCUUUGAAUCUAUGGGUUUCAAAUGUCCUGAAAGAAAAGGAGUUGCUGAUUUCUUACAAGAAGUGACAUCAAGGAAAGAUCAGUGGCAGUACUGGGCACGUAAAGAUGAACCUUACAGUUUCGUUACUGUCAAGGAUUUUGUUGAAGCCUUCCAGUCAUUUCACGUAGGCCAUGCACUUGGAGAAGAACUAGCCAAUCCUUUUGACAAGACCAAAUGCCACCCGGCUUCCUUGAGCACAAAAAAAUAUGGUGUUGGCAAGAAGGAGCUGUUGAGAGCUUGUCUUAGCAGAGAAUUUUUGCUCAUGAAGAGAAAUUCAUUUGUCUACAUAUUCAAACUGACCUUACUUAGCUACCUAGCGAUCACGACAUCAACGUUGUUUCUUCGAACUAAGAUGCGUAAACAAACUGUUGCGGAUGGAGGCACUUAUAUGGGUGCUCUGUUCUUCGCAAUCAUUGUAGCUAUGUUCAAUGGAAUAUCAGAGCUAAACAUGACGAUCAUGAAACUUCCCGUCUUCUACAAGCAAAGAAACCUUCAUUUCUAUCCUUCGUGGGCCUACUCUCUACCACCAUGGAUCCUCAAAAUACCAUUCAGCCUGGUAGAAGUUGCCAUUUGGGAAGCAAUCAGUUAUUAUGUCAUCGGCUUUGAUCCAAAUAUUAUAAGGUUUUUGAAACAGUUCCUGCUACUCUUGUGCCUUAACCAGAUGGCAUCUGCACUAUUUCGAUUGAUAGCGGCAUUAGGAAGGGAUAUAGUAGUUGCAAACACUGCUGGGUCGUUCGCUUUACUUGUCAUCAUGGUUUUGGGAGGAUUUGUGAUUUCACGAGAGGAUGUGCACAAAUGGUUCCUGUGGGGCUACUGGUCCUCGCCACUCAUGUACGCGCAGAAUGCUAUUGCCGUCAAUGAAUUUCUCGGGCAUAGUUGGAGAAAGGUUAUAGAUGAUAGGAAUGAAACAUUGGGAGUUAUGGUGCUGAAAGCUCGAGGUUUUUUCCCACAAGCUUACUGGUAUUGGAUUGGAACAGGAGCUUUGAUUGGUUAUGCCUUCCUAUUCAACUUCCUCUACACGUUGGCUUUGCAAUAUCUCAGCCCAUUCAGAAAGGCUCAAGCAGGGCUAUCCCAAGACAAAUUGAUGGAGAGAAAUUCUUCCGGAUAUUCAGAACUAAUUGAACAAUCAUCAAAAGGAAAGAGCUCUACUGAACCAAAUAUUGAAGAAGCAAGCCGAUCGAGAAGGUCAUUUUCUAGUAGCAUUAAUGAUAAAAGAGCUAGUAGAAGUGGAAAGCGGGGUAUGGUUCUCCCCUUUCAACCUCUAUCCCUCACUUUUGAUGAGAUCAGAUAUUCUGUGGACAUGCCCCAGGAAAUGAAGAAUCAAGGAGUUUUUGAGACUCGUCUUGAACUCCUGAAAGGUGUUAGUGGAGCUUUUCGGCCUGGAGUAUUAACAGCUUUGAUGGGUGUAAGUGGUGCUGGGAAGACUACUCUAAUGGAUGUUCUAGCCGGAAGAAAAACUGGUGGAUAUAUUGAAGGAAACAUCACAAUAUCUGGGUACCCAAAAAGACAAGAAACAUUUGCUAGAAUAUCAGGAUAUUGUGAACAAUUUGAUAUUCACUCACCUUAUGUCACCGUGUAUGAAUCUUUACUAUAUUCUGCGUGGCUUCGAUUAGCCCCUGAUGUUGAUUCUUCAACUAGAAAGAUGUUCAUUGAGGAAGUUAUGGAGCUUGUGGAGCUUACUUCAUUAAGAGAAGCACUUGUUGGGUUGCCAGGCGAGACUGGACUUUCGACUGAACAGCGCAAGAGGCUUACAAUUGCAGUUGAACUUGUAGCCAACCCUUCAAUAAUAUUCAUGGAUGAGCCAACCUCUGGACUUGAUGCCAGAGCGGCUGCAAUUGUGAUGAGAACUGUGAGGAACACUGUGGACACAGGACGUACAGUAGUUUGCACCAUCCACCAACCAAGUAUUGAUAUAUUCGAUGCCUUUGACGAGCUACUACUUUUAAAAGUGGGAGGAGAGCAGAUAUAUGCUGGUCCGUUAGGUCGCCAUUGUUCCCAACUAAUCCAAUACUUUGAGGCCAUUCACGGAAUACCCACGAUCAAAGAUGGUUAUAAUCCUGCAACCUGGAUGUUGGAGGUUACGUCAGCAGGAACAGAGGCAAAUCUUCGGGUCAACUUCACAAAUGUGUACAGAAACUCAGAACUGUACCGGAGAAACAAACAAUUGAUCCAAGAGCUUAGUAGACCUCGCCAAGAUUCAAAAGACUUGUACUUUGCUAAUAAGUAUGCACAACCUUUUUCCCCGCAAUUUAUGGCUUGCCUGUGGAAACAGCAUUUAUCAUAUUGGCGAAACACAUCAUAUACAGCAGUGAGACUCAUGUUUACAACAAUCAUUGCUGUAUUGUUUGGGAUAAUUUUCUGGGGCAUUGGCUUGCAAAGGAGAAAAGAUCAAGACCUUUUCAAUGCAAUGGGGUCAAUGUAUGCUGCAGUUACCUUCAUUGGAGUACAGAAUGCUGCUUCAGUGCAACCUCUAAUAGCUGUUGAGAGAACAGUCUUCUACAGAGAAAGAGCGGCUGGAAUGUACUCCGCUUUGCCUUAUGCUCUUGCACAGGUUAUCAUCGAGCUUCCCCACAUCUUGAUUCAGACUAUGAUAUAUGGGGUUAUAGUAUAUGCCAUGAUGGGAUUUGAGUGGAAAACAUCCAAGUUCUUGUGGAACCUCUUCUUCAUGUACUUCACCUUCUUAUACUUUACAUUCUAUGGCAUGAUGACCAUGGCCAUCACUCCCAACCCCCACGUUGCGGGCGUACUGGCAAGCGCCUUCUAUGCAAUAUGGAACCUAUUCUCAGGCUUCGUCAUUCCCCUAUCAAGAAUCCCCAUAUGGUGGAAGUGGUACUAUUGGAUUUGCCCAGUUGCGUGGACCUUAUAUGGAUUGAUUACUUCCCAAUACGGAGAUGAAAAGGAUAAACUAGAGAGCGGCCAAACAGUAGAAGAAUUUGUGAGGAGUUACUUCGGGUUUAAACAUGAAUUCUUGGGAGUCGUUGCAGUUGUGGUGGCUGGUUUCUCAGUCUUCUUCGCACUCACUUUCGUCUUCGGCAUCAAAGCAUUGAACUUCCAAAGAAGGUGAUAAAAAUAGUCAAACUAUGGUUCACAUUUGUCCCUCGAAGCUGAUAUGGUCCAAAACGCCAAUCAAUGCCCGUGAAGGUAGUCAUUUCGCAUCGGAAAUCCCUCCCUUAUUCAAGUCUAAAUCGCUAUUGAGCAUGGAAGAUUUAAUUUAACGGCGUUUGCACUUCCGCGAGUGGAUAAGAUCCUGAUCUCAACAUCUGAAAGGAAUCAUUUGAUUUUUAAUUCAUCGCUAAAGUGCAUGUUCGACAGAAGCUUGAAUUGACAAAUAGAAUCAUCCAAAAUUCCUGAGCUUUAGUAUCCAUAUUUUCAGUUUCAAAAGAAACAGAAUCAUUUAUCUGACGCAGUAAUCGGCUUUGGAAAGACUGAAAGAUUCCGUUUUAAAAAGAAAAUUGACGAUGGAUCAUUGUUACUGCC